AUGGGCGAAAAUUACUACAACCAUGAGGAAGAGGGCGCAGAGGGCGCAGAGGACGCUGAAACGGGGACGCCAGGAAUCUUCCACCACACACAUCACUCUCAGGUCCCAGUGAAUACCCGGAAAUACUUCUCCCAGCGCUACAAAAUCUUCUCCAAGUACGAUGAAGGCGUUUGGAUGACCGAUGACGCCUGGUUCGGAGUCACCCCAGAACCCGUAGCAAACAAGAUCGCGGAGCACAUGGUGAAGAUCAGGCCCACGGGCAAGAGGGUACUCAUUGACGCUUUUGCCGGCGCGGGCGGCAACGCCAUAGCCUUUGCCCGCUCAGGUGAAUGGGACCAGAUCUUUGCCAUUGAGCAAGACCCGCAAGUCCUACAGUGCGCGAAACACAACGCCGAGGUGUAUGGCGUGGCCAGCAAGAUCUGGUGGUACGAAGGAGACUGUUUUCAGAUCAUCAAGACAAAGCUCGCUCAGAUAGCGAAGACUCAGGCUGUCAUUUUUGCUAGUCCACCAUGGGGAGGCCCAUCCUACAACGCCGAUAAGGUCUUCGACUUGUCUACUAUGCAGCCAUAUACGCUGCAUGACCUGUACUCGUUCUUCUCAAAGUACACAAAGGACGUAGUACUCUACCUACCGCGGACAUCCGACCUCAACCAGGUAGCGCGGUAUGCCCCUGAGGGAAGAAAGCUUGAGGUGGUUCAUUACUGCGCGUUGUGUGCAUAUUAUGGCGAUUUCAGCUACGCCACGGGCUGGCCCGUAGACGAAGAUGAAAGUGCACUGCAGACUUGA